AGUAGAAACAGUGAAUAUUCCGCGUCACGACAAGCUUUUCCUACUGCUUUUGCUUUUCCUGAAUUAUACAUAUCAAUCAUUGCUGCUUUCACUUACUUUUCUACCAUAUUUCUCUUCUGCUUUACCCAAACUCUGUUGAAUCUCACCUUCUUUCAUGGCUUCUUCUGUUUUUGAUACCGACACCGACACCGCCUUGAGAUUGUUACUAUCCUGCGCUAAAGCUAUUGAAGAUGGGGAUCUGAAAAGCGCCGAUGCGUUCCUUCAGAACAUCUUGAUUCUUGCUGAUGAGAGACCCUACCUAUAUAAAAGCAGAGUGGUGAAAUACUUUGCGGACGCUCUGGUUCGCCGAGCCUACGGACUGCAUCCCGCUUCUUCCUACUUCACUUUCCCGGUGGAUCCUUCACCAUAUUAUCAUUGUGGCAGCUACCUUAUUAAUGGCGUCAUAGAGAAUGUCAUCCAUGAUGCUUUAAUGGAAAAGAAUGCUUUGAUGGGAAACAGGCGAUUGCACCUCAUUGAUUUCUCCAUCCCGUAUUCCAGUUUUCAGAAUUCAGUUCUUCGUACACUACCGACCUUCUCCGGCGAUCCUCUACCCGUCCGUGUAAGCUACAUACUUCCACCAUUUCUGAAAAAAUAUGUAAAGUUCUCACACCAAAUGGAGUUUUUGACUAUGGAUGCAAAGGAAGUUAACGUAAAGUUGGAGGAUGAGUUCAAAGUGGUUUAUGGCAAUACUUUGGCAGAAGUGGAUGAACGUGAAAUAGAUUUCAAAAGAAGAAGAGAUGAUGAAAUGGUGGUAGUUUACUAUAAAUUUAAACUUGGUAAGUUGGUAAGAGAUGCAAAAGUAAUGGAGAGAGAGUUGGUAAGAUUGAAGGAGAUAAAUCCGACGAUUGUAAUCAUGCUAGACUUUUAUUCUAAUCAUGCCCACUCCAAUUUCUUGACAUGUUUGGAGGAUUCAUUUCAGUAUUCCUUGAAGACUGUUGAUUGCUGGGCGGAGUUGGACCUUUAUUUUGAUGAGGAGUAUGAGUGGGAGUGCCACAUAGAGGCAUGGGAAGGAAAUAAUGUAAUUAGGCGGCACCCAACUUUGACAGAAUGGCAACAUCUCUUUUCAAUGGCUGGCUUUAGUCGAAUUCCAUUAAACCACAGGAAAGGUAUUGACCUUAUUGUUAAGAAUGUAAAUCCCCUAAAUGAUUUUUUUUCAACGUGGAAUCAAAGUUGGCUAGAAAUAAUGGGGAAGGAAGAAGAAUGUUUGAUUAUAGGUUACAAGGAAUGUCCAAUGUUUUUCUUGUCGGCAUGGAAACCCAAAGUUGAAGAUGAGCACUUAAAUUUCAAUUCCAGCAACGAUAAGUUUGGACAAGGUUUCAAUCCAUAUCCAUCACCUCUUCGGCCCCUUCAACCAUUUCCGGAGGGUUUGACAUUGAGUCGAGUAGCUGCCCUUGCUGAGAUACAUGACAUACUAAAUCAUUUAUAUUGUGAACAUAAAUUUUCAUGGGCUUUAACAUGGGCUUCUAAAGUUGACAAUAUGAAUGAAACUAUGUCGGAUCCAAACAAGAAAUAUACUUUUACAAUUCAAAGUAAUUCUUGUUAUUUGAAAGAUUUGAACUCUUAUAAAUUUAUGCGUUCAUGUGAAUAUAAGAUUGAGGAAACCAUUAUUGAGAAAGCACUUGAAUCAAAGGACGGCUACCAUUUUGAACCAUCUAUUACUAGGUUUGACAUAGACGACUACAUGUAUCUCCAACGUGCAAAGAAUUGUGACGUAGAUGUUGUUGUUGCAAUCUGUCUACAAAAUCGUUACUUAUGUAACGAUGUUUAUGUAGUAGAAUUUUAUUGGCCUACAACUGAGAGUGAAAUAUCAAAAUCCUUUACUCCUCGUAUCUUCAAUGACUUGAAAUAUAUGGAGAAAAAGUUUGUAACAGUAAAGGUUCAAAGCACCGAAAAAGCUAUUUCAAACAUUCCAACAUCUUCGUACACAGCAAGGCCUUUGAAAAUAGCUGAAGAAACAGAGGACGUUGAUGCAGUAGAAAUAAAUGGGGUUAAUGUCCAGAGGGGAGUGAUUCCAAAUUUUCACUCGCCAUUAACUAUACAGUCUUCAUCAAAAGUUGUUGCAGCUCCUUCUAACACACUAGAAGGACCUCAUAACCAGAUUUUUCCCAAUGGUGACCCUGAGAUUGUAAAAGCAAAUAAGGAGAAACCCUCAAAAGCCACACAGAGAAAGUUGAGGUCUAAGGUUUGGGAUCACUUUGAUGGGUUUGAAGAAGAUGAAAACCAAGUAGCCAAAUGCAAACAUUGCCCCAAGAUGCUUACAGGGUCAAGCAAGAGUGGGACCACACACUUGAAUAGCCACUCGAAAGUAUGUCCUGGAAAGAAGAAACAAAAUCAAGAAAGCCAGUUGAUACUUCCAGUUGAUACCAAUGAAGGAAGCUUGAGGUUUGAUAAAAAAAGGAGUCACAUGGAUCUUGCGAAAAUGAUGAUUAAGCUUCGAUGUCCUUUGGAUAUGGCUGAACAAGAAACCUUUAAGAAUUUUGUGAAAGGUUUGCAACCUAUGCUUGAGUUUCAAUCCAAAGAUAUUUUAUCUUAUAUACAUCACAUUUAUGACGAAGAGAAGGAGAAACUUCAGCUGUAUUUUGAUAAGCUUGCUAGUAAAUUCAAUCUGACAGUGAGUUUGUGGAAGAACAAUGCUGGAAAGACUACAUAUUGCUGUUUGAUAUCACAUUUUAUUGAUGAUGGUUGGGAACUAAAGAGGAAGAUUCUUGCCUUGAAAACUUUGGAGCAUAUUAAUGACACAAAGGCUUUAGGCGAAAAUAUUAGGAGCUUGGUUUUGGAGUGGAAUAUAAGCAACAAAGUAUGCUCCAUAACUGUGGAUAACUCUUUUUUGAAUGACAGUAUGGUUGAUCAGAUAAAAGAAAUUUGUCUUAGUGACCAGGGCUCUGUUUCUUCAGAUCAUUGGUUCAUCACUUUCACACUUCUUGAGGAUGGGUUCCGUGAGAUGGAUGGCAUACUUUUUAAGUUAAGCAAGUCCAUUGAAUAUGUCACUGAAACAAGACAUGGAAAAUUGAAAUUACAAGAAGCUGUAGAUCAAGUGAAGCUACAAGGUGGGAAAUUAUGGGAUGAUCUUUCUUUCAGGCUGGAAUCAGACUUUGACAUACUUGAUAGUGCUUUGAGAUCGAGAGAAAUCUUUUGUGAACUGGAGCAAAUUGAUGAAAAUUUUAAACUAAACCCAACAAUGGAGGAAUGGGAGAAUGCAGUAGCUCUACAGAGUUGUUUGAAAUGCUUUGAUGAUAUCAAAGGAACUCAAUGCCUUCCUGUAAGUUUGUACUUUCCAAAGCUUUGUGAUGCAUACAAGAAAUUUCUUCAGUUGGAAAAAAGCAGUCAUUCAUUUGUUACAUUGAUGAAGAGGAAAUUCGACCGCUAUUGGAGCUUAUGCAAUUUGGCAUUAGCUGUUGCAUCUGUUCUUGAUCCAAGGUUAAAAUUUAAAAUUGUGGAGCUCUCAUAUAGGGUGAUUUAUGGCCAUGACAGUAAGAUGCGAUUGAACAUGUUUCAUAAAGUUCUUCGGGAUGUCUACUAUGAAUAUGCCAGUGAAGCCAAAUAUCUAACUACAUCUGCUUCAGUCUUGGAUGAUUUCAGUUGUUCAACAAUAGGGCUUGGAAAUGAUAGUAUUUUGGACUCCUUGAGUAAAUGUACAUCUGCAAGCAACUUCAAUGAGGAGGCCUCAUGGAAGUUAGAGCUUGAGCUUUACUUAGAUGAACCUUUACUUCCCAUGGAUGGAGCAUUCUUUGACAUACUUGGUUGGUGGUGUGAUAAAUCUCAAAGGUUUCCAAUACUUGCAAAGAUGGCUCAAGAUUUCCUUGCAAUUCCGGUUUCAAUUUCCACAUCAUGUUCAAAUAUUAGUGCCAUGAUCAAUAAUCCAGCCUACAGUAGCUUGAAUCCUGAGAUCAUGGAAGCUUUGGUAUGCAGUGAAAACUGGUUGGAAACUCCAAAAGAAAGUUGUUAAUGCUUUCUUGAAUUGCUUAAGAAGAGAUAUGAUAAGUUUCCAAAUACAUACAUCAAUCACUAUUCAUUAGACUCUCAAAUAGCUGUAAGAACUUGUAUCUUAUCAAAAUCUAUUGAUAUUUGAAAUUGAAAUUGUUAUUAUUUUAUAAUCAUUAUAUAUAUGAAGUCCCUUAUAUUUUGCAAUUAUUAGGCUCAGUUGAUACAAGGAUCCAGAUCAGAACAUGAAGUAUUAAUUUUGGUUUAAAUCUGAGAAGCUAAGGGGUGUACAUAAAGUAAGCUCUUUGAUUUUUUUUUAAUUUUCUUUUUAGCUUAUAAUUAAGAUUUAAAUUAUGUUGGUGAAUGUAAACGAUAAAUUAUUUUCAAUUACGAUACAAUAGAAAAAAUCAAACUGAAAAUAUAAAA